UUUCCCCUCGUCAUCAUCAUCUUCUCUUUUUCAUUUUUUCUUUUCGAUUUCGGAGAAAAUUCAACGAAGAAGCAGGAGGAGGAGGAGGAGGAAAACGGAGUACAUCGGAAUCGGAUUCAGCUGCAGUUGAAGAGCAAAUUUAGUUGGUACUGUCGUCACAUCAGAGCAUGGAAGAAGCAACACAAGUGAGUUCCGAGAUCCCUGUGGCGGUGAAAGGAGCCUCUGAGGAACCGAAUACUGUUGAUGUUCCUGUUAAGACUGCAAAUGGAGAACUGCCCAAGGAAGAGAGAGUUCUGGGUAAAGAAGACAAAGAUACAACGCUUGAUGGGGAAUUCAUAAAAGUUGAGAAGGAAGCCACUGAUGCCAAGGACGAGUCGGACAAAGCAGAGCAUGCUCCUGCACAAGAGCAAAGGAAAGAAGUUUCACUUGACAGGAGUUCAAGUGGUUCACAAAGAGAAUUACGUGAAUCACAGGAGAAGGUGAAAGAGCUGGAACUCGAACUGGAAAGAGUAGCAGGAGAACUGAAACGAUAUGAUUCUGAAAAUGCCCGGUUGACAAAUGAGAUUUUGUCUAGUAGAGAGAAGUUCGAAGAAAUUAAAAAGAAGCAGGAAGAACUCGAAGUUGUCAACAAGAAGCUGCAGGAACAGAUCGUGGAAGCGGAAGAGAAACAUAGCUCACAGCUGAAGGCUCUGGAAAGCGCUUUGCAGUCUCAAGACGCCAAACAUAAGGAACUAACGGAAGUUAAGGAAGCAUUUGAUGGGUUAGGCAUUGAGCUUGAGAACUCGAGGAAAAGGAUGCUAGAGUUGGAGGAAGCAAUGAGUCAUUCAGCUGAGGCGGCACAGAAAUUUGAGGAGCUGCAUAAGCAAAGUGCUUCUCACGCUGAGUCUGAGACGCAAAGGGCUUCGGAAUUUGAACGGUUGCUUGAAUUGACAAAAGAAACCGCAAAAGAGAUGGAAGACAAAAUGUUGUGUCUGCAGCAAGAACUCAAGGAGUUGCAAGAGAAGAUUACUGAGAAUGAAAAGGUGGAAGCAGCACUGAAGAACACUACAGGAGAAUUAGCUGCCGUUCAAGAGGAGAUGGCAAUUUUAAAACCUCAGCUGCUUGAGACAGAACACAAAAUGUCUUCAAAAGAAGCUCUCAUUGAUGAAUUGACCCAGGAACUUGAGCAGAAGAAGGCUUCUGAGUCUCAGUUCAGAGAAGAGUUAUCAGCUCUUGAGCAUUUCUCUGCUCAAACCAAAGAUCUUCAGGCUAAAGUCUCUGAAUUGGAAGACAUAAACACAAAGCUCAAGGAAGAACUCAAGGAGAAAGACUUGCUAGAUUCUUUAUUGAAAGACUAUGAAGAACAGCUCAGAACUGCAAAUGAGAAAUUGACUGAGGCGUUGAAAGAAAAAGAAGAGCUUGAAGUAGCAGUGGGAGACCUCACAAGUAAUGCAGCAAAACUGAAGGAGAUCUGCGGGGAACUAGAAGAAAAACUGAAGAUUUCAUAUGAGAAUUUCUCUAAAACAGAUGCUCUUCUUUCUCAAGCUUUGUCUAACAAUUCUGAGCUUGAACAAAAGCUGAAAUCAGUGGAGGAACUUCAUAUUGAAUCUGGAGCUGCAACUGCAGCUGCUAGACAAAAGAAUCUUGAGCUUGAGGGUAUAGUUCAGUCUUCAAAUCAAGCAGCGGAAGAAGCUAAAUCGAAACUGAAAGAGCUGGAGACACGGUUCAUCGCAGCCGAACAGAAGAAUGUAGAGCUUGAGCAACAACUGAACCUAUUGGAUUUAAAAAGCAGUGACACAGAAAGAGAACUGAACGAAUCUUCUAAGAAAGUAUCUGAACUAAAAGCUGCUCUGGAAGUGGCCGAGGAGGCAAAGAUUCGGGUGGCUGGUCAACUGCAGGAAUACCAAAAGAAAAUUACCGAGCUGGAAUCUUCUUUGAAUCACUCAUCAGCAAGAAAUUCAGAGCUUGAAGAAGAAGUGAGAAUUGCUUUGCAGAAAGGUGCAGAACAUGACGACCGGGUCAAUAUGAAUCACCAGCGCAGCCUUGAACUAGAAGGUCUGUUUCAGACAUCGCAGUCAAAAUUAGAUGAUGCAGAGGGAAAAGUGAAGGAGUUAGAGUUGCUAAUCCAAACAGAAAGGAUUAGAAUUCAGGAGCUUGAGGAGCAGAUUAGCUCGCUGGAGAAGAAAUGCAAUGAAACUGAAGCAGAUUCAAAAGGGUUCUUGGAUCAGGUGGCUGAGAUUCAGUCCGGACUAGAGGAAUCACAAGCAAGGAACUCAAGUCUUGAAGCUGCUUUAAAAAUUUCCAAUGAGAAAGGGAGAGAAUUGACGGAAAAUCUGAAUGCGGUGAUGGACGAGAGAAAGAAGUUAGAAGAUGUGGUUAAUGAGUACAGUGAGAAGAUUGUGGGGUCUGAAGAUCUGUUAGGUGUUCUCAGGAGCGAAUUGAGUGUCACACUAGAAAAGUUGGAGAGCACUGAGAAUGAUCUGAAAGCUUCUGGUAUAAGGGAAAGUGAGGUAAUGGAGACGCUUAAGUCAGCUGAAGAGAGACUUGAGCAGCAAGCAAGAGAAUUGGAUCAAGCCACAUCAAGAGCCACGGAACUUGAAGCUUUGCAUCAAUCUGUAAGUAGAGAUUCAGAGCUUAAACUUCAGAAGGCAAUGGAGGAUUACACUAGCAGAGAUUCAGAGGCCAAGUCAUUGUCUGAGAAAUUGAAAGAUCUCGAGGACAAAAUAGUAUUAUACAAAGAACAGUUGGCUGAAGCAUCUGGGAAAUCUUCUGAUUUGAAAGAAGAACUCGAUCGAACAUUGGAAAAACUCUCCUCUGCAGAGACUGCUAAUGAAGAACUCAAAACCGAGAUUGUCCAGGCACUAGACAAAGCUUCACUGUCAUCCUCGGACAAUGAAUUACUGGCAGAGACAAACAACCAGCUCAAGAUCAAGAUUCAAGAGCUUCAGGAUUUGCUGGAUUCCGGUGCUUCUGAGAAGGACACUGCAAUGAAACAGUUGCAAGAAACAACCGAGAGGUUCAAUCAGAAAGAAACAGAGGCAAGGGAUUUGAUCGAGAAAGUAAAAGCACUUGAAGGUCAUAUUGAGGAGUACAAGAAAAAUAUUCAUGAAGCAUCAGAGAUAGCUGAAACAAGAAGCGUGGAGCUAGAGGAAGCUUUGUCGAAACUGAAGAAUCUCGAAGCUGUUGUAGAAGAGCUCGGAGCCAAAUGUGUCGGUUUAGAGAAAGAAAGCGGGGCUUUGGCCGAGACGAAUUUAAAGCUGAACCAGGAAGUAGCCAGUCAUAGUUCAGAGGCCAGCGAGCUGCGAUCAAAACUUACUGACAUUGAAGCUGAGAAGGACCAAACAGCCAAAGAUCUUGAAGCUUCAAAGACAAACAUAGAAGAUUUGACAAAACAGCUUGUUUCAGAAGGAGAGAGAUUACAAUCCCAGAUUUCUUCACUCAUGGAAGAGAACAGCCAACUCAACGAGGUGCAUCAAAGCACCAAGAAUGAACUCCAAUCAGUGAUUGCACAGCUCGGAGAACAAUUCGAAACACAGAAGUCUAGCAUGGAUGGUCUAGUAGCUGAAAUUGAUAAGCUUAAAGCUGAGGCUUCUGAAAAGCAAGUGCUGCAGUCACAUCUAGAAGAACUCAAGAAACAAUUGACAGUAGUAGAAUCUCAGUUAAAAGAAGAGGUUGAAAAUGUAAGAGCUGCCGCUUCAAUGAAGGAGGCAGAGUUAACAUCUAAGCUGCAGGAACAUGAAAAUAAGGCCAGCGAGAGAGACACUCUCCACGAGAAAGUGCUCCAACUUCAAAAAGAGCUUCAACUUGCUUCGACUUCCGCUUCUGAACAGAAAGAAGCGCAUACCCGAAAGCAGACAGAGCAGGAGGCAGCCUUAAAGCAAACUCAGGAAGAGCUCGAAGCAAAGAAGAAGGAAGUCGUCCAGCUCGAAUCAGUCCUCAAAGAACUUGAACAGAAAGUAAAGGAUGUAGAUUCUAAAUCUAAGGGACUCAAGGUGGUGGAAACCGAACUGAAAAGCAAAGUGGAAGUGAAAUCUCGAGACAUCGGAUCAGCGAUACCGUCUUCGUCUUCUUCUUCGGGCAAGACUACUACACAGAUGGCUGAAACCUCACCUCUUGCCACAAUCAAGAUUGUGUUUGGAGUUGCUCUGGUUUCCAUCCUCAUUGGUGUAAUUCUGGGGAAGAAAUAUUAGGGUUUUGGAAGAAUGGGUUUGGUGUUUAUAUGAAGAACUCUCCUUCUUUCUCUGUUUUGGGUUUUGAUCAUACCUUUCUCAACGGAAGCAAUGCUUGUAUAUGCUUCUUUUCUCUGCAAGCAUUGUCUCCGGGUUUUUUUAUUUUUCCAAUUUUGUUUUGUUUUGUUUUUGUGUCGGGGGUUUUGUUUUUACCAUCCCUUGCUUGUAUGCCAAGCAUUGUCCAGAUGUUGUGCUCAAAGGCUUUUUAUUUAUUGAUUCUGGUGGGUUUGGUUAUAUAUAUA